AUAUGGCUGGUAUAAAUGAAAUCUUAAUGUUAACUGCUCAUGAUGUUCAGCAGACUUCCAAGGAGAAUAAAAAGCAAGAAAACCAAGAUACAAAUCUGAAAGAAGUCUCUGAAAAAAAUAAAAAAAGUCCCUUGCCAGCCCCAAGAAAGCAGGCAACUACAUUUAAACCUGUGUUUGAGGUAAAAGCUGUGACAACAAAAAAAAUAGAAGCUGCUCCUAAAAAUGGAUCAACCAAAAAUAUGAAACCUACAGAAAAUGCUGUUGUGACCACUUCUGAAAAUCCACAGUUGAAAAAGGAUCCAACGAAUGUAAGAGCUUCUGUAGAUAGCAAGCAAGAAUUGAAACCCAAUCUUAAGACCUCAUCAUCAUCCCAAGAUAAGCACACCAAAAUUACAGAUUUUGAGAUUAAAAUGGAACAAGAGUUGACAAAACUAAAGGAAGAAUGGAAAAAAAAUUAGAAGCUGAAGAACUGAGACUCCGACAAGAAAAAGAGAAGGAGAUUGAAGACUUGAAAACACAUUUACUGUUAGAAAAGAAAACCAUGAAAGAGAAGCUGGAAGCAGAGCUAACUCAAAUAAAACAUGAAAAUAACAAGACGUUGGAACAAGAACGGCAAAAGGCUGACACUGAACUGAAAGCAGAAAUGGAUCAGCUUUCAAAAGAAUUGAAAAUUAAACACCAACAGGAACUUGAUAGCUUGAAACAUAGAAGUGAAGAACAACACAAAAAGACUUUAACUGCUCUUGAGGGAGAACUGAAAGAAAAGUUCAAGACAACACAAAAACAGAAAGAAGAGGAAUUACGUAGAUCACUACAAAAUCAGGAAGAUAUUACAAAAAUAGAGAUAGAAAAGCAACUAGAGCAGAUCAGAAUAUCCCUUGAACAAAAGUAUCAGAGUGAUGUUGCAGAGAUAGAGAAAGAUCAACAAAAAAGCAUAAAUGAAUUGAAAAAAAGAAAUCAGGCAACAGCUGAAAGCAUUAGAAAAAAACAUGAAGAAAACAUGGCUUCACUAAAAGAAAAAAAUGAGAAAGAGGUUGAGGAGCAGACUUUUCAGAAAUUAAAAACAUUAAUUACAAACUGGAAAAAAUUCUCAGGUCAGUGGUUUGUUCCUAAGUCUUCCAAACUUUACAUCAGAUUCCUUUCUUCAGAAGCUCCAUUUAGUCAUAUUCCCAUGAAAUCAUAA